GAAACUCUCUCCCCUGACGCCGGCCUCUGAUGACGUCUCCUGCACGAGCCGGACCUCAGUAAGCAGCGGGUCGCUCACCUGCGGGAAAACCCGGAAUAAGUUCGACUUCCACGCGCAGCCUUCAAGUUUUCACGUCGGGGCACCGCGGCCAUGCACUGCCAAGUCAAAGUCAUCCUGCGCCUGAGUCACCUCGCGUCCGUCCAGCGCAGGAGGAUACCCGGGAGGAAAUUAUGGACCCUUGCCUCGCAACGUGACAUGAGAGCGGGCUGUGUUGCGUCCGCACGCGCCUUCAGCAAACACUUGGCCUCGCAGUGCAGCAGGGGCUGUGCGUCCGACGCGGCGUACGGGCGAGCCUUCGCCUCAGCCAGGGAUAACCCCGAGCACUUCUGGGCUCAAGUGGGACGCGAUAUUAACUGGUUUGAGCCGUGGACUAAAACUCUGCAUGUUGAGGAUCCAGUUUACCCCGACUGGUUUGUAGGGGGGAAGCUGAACAUGUGCCACAAUGCAGUGGAUCGUCAUGUGGAAGGCGGCCGCGGAGAGCAACCUGCCAUCAUUUACGACAGCCCUGUGACCGGAACAAAGCAGAUCAUCACGUUUAGGGAGCUCCAAGACCAGGUCUCCAGACUAGCUCAAGUCUUGGUGAAGCACGGGGUGCGGAAAGGAGAUCUGGUGGUCAUCUACAUGCCCAUGGUGCCCCAGGCCAUGUUCACCAUGCUGGCGUGCGCUCGGAUUGGUGCGCCACACAGCCUCAUCUUUGGUGGCUUCGCCUCUAAGGAGCUUUCCGUUCGCAUCAGCCAUGCCAAGCCUAAGAUGAUGGUGACGGCCUCGUUUGGCAUCGAGCCAGGCCGGAGAGUGGAGUACAUCCCUCUGGUGGAGAAGGCCCUGGAGCUGAGCUCUCACAAGCCCUCGAAAGUCCUCAUCUACAACAGGCCCAAUAUGGAGAAAGUGUCGCUGAGUCCGGAGUUGACUCUGGACUGGGAGGAGGAGAUGGCCACGGCUCGGCCCCACGACUGUGUUCCUCUCCCCUCUAACCACCCUCUCUAUGUCCUCUAUACGUCUGGGACCACUGGAACACCUAAGGGCAUCGUGCGAGACACUGCGGGCUACGCUGUGAUGCUGAAGUGGACCAUGUCAAAUAUUUAUGGGCUCAGUCCCGGAGAUGUGUGGUGGGCGGCAUCUGACCUGGGCUGGGUGGUUGGCCAUUCCUACAUCUGCUAUGCCCCCCUCCUGCAUGGCAACACCACUAUCCUCUAUGAGGGGAAGCCUGUGGGGACUCCAGACCCCGGGGCGUUUUUCCGUGUCCUGUCUGAGCAUGGAGCCUCCUCCAUGUUCACGGCGCCCACCGCCAUCCGAGCCAUUCGCCAGCAGGAUCCCAAUGCUGUGGUGGGGGGAAAAUACCCCCUGACUAGGUUGCGGAGUUUGUUCUUGGCAGGAGAGCGCUGCGAUGUGGAGACACUGGAAUGGGCCAAGAGGAGCUUCGGGGUUCCCGUCCUGGACCACUGGUGGCAGACCGAGACUGGCUCAGCCAUAACCUCCUCCUGUAUCGGUUUGGGGAACUCGCUUACGCCCCCUGCAGGACAGGCCGGCAAACCUGUCCCAGGUUACAAUGUCACAGUGAUCAGCGAUGACAUGCAGGAGGUGAAGCCAAAAAUGCUGGGGAAUAUUGUGGUGAGGCUACCUCUACCACCUGGAGCAGCACUGUCGCUGUGGCAGAACAAGCAGCUGUUCAAGGAGCUGUAUUUCACUAAGUUCCCGGGCUACUAUGACACCAUGGACGCAGGCUUUGUGGAUGACGAGGGCUUCCUGUACAUCAUGUCCCGCUCUGAUGAUGUCAUCAACGUGGCCGGCCACAGGCUGUCAGCCGGGGCGCUGGAGGAGUCCGUGCUGCAGCACCCCGGGGUGGUGGACUGCGCUGUGGUAGGCCUAGAGGACGCUCUGAAGGGCCACGUCCCGUUGGCCCUGUGUGUACUGAAGAACGAUGUGCACAAGAGCAGGGAGGAGAUAGUGAAUGAGAUGGUGAAUCUGGUGAGAGAGAGCAUCGGGCCGGUCGCUGCCUUCAGGAAAGUGCUGUUUGUCCGAGGGCUGCCCAAGACGCGCUCGGGCAAGAUCCCUCGCUCCUCUUUAGCCAACCUGGUCAACGGCAAGCCAUACAAGAUCACUCCAACCAUUGAGGACCCAGAGGUGUUCAAGGACAUUGAGAGGCAGGUGGAGAAGGCUCUGAGGCCCGCUGGACUGUGAGCUCCACAUUGGAGUGACCGAACCCCCUAAGGACGCAAGUGUACAUGCAUAUUUACACCACGGACAGGGAGGCGCUCAUGAAGGCGAUUUUUAUGCAUUUUUCUAAACACUCCUAUCUUGAGUGUGUAGUUAUUGUGUAAUGAAUUGUGAAAGAUUAUGGGGCAGCUGGAGGAAGACAUUACUCGACCAAUAGUUUUAAAUCCUUAGCCUCCUUACAUCAUAUGUGGCUUAUAACUAGAGCUGGGUUCGGAGAUUUUAUAUAUUUUUAUGGCACCGAUGUGUUUUCAAUUUGUCAUUAUGAGCUACUGAGUGUAGAUUAAUGAGAGAAAAAAUGAAUUUAAACGAUUCUAGUAUCAGGCUGCAACAUAACAAAAGUAAAAGAGGUGAAGGGCGUUUGAAUGCACUGUACAUAUGGCAUAAAAAAAUGCCAUUGUACUGAAAAUCAUUACCCAUAUUGCCCAAUUUCAGUACCAUCAGCAUCACUGAGCCAAAAAGCAUGCAGUAUGCCUGUACCAAGAUCUAAUAAUGUCAUAGAGGUAUGGAGGAAAAACACUACGGUACACCCAGAGACAUUAUAAAAUUGAGUUAUAGUGAUGCUUUAUCACUCAGGACCCACUGUUGAAGUUGUGGUAUUGGUACUGCUACCGGUAUGGAAAAUUUUGGAAUGACACCCAGCCCUAGUUAUAACAUGUAGUUUUUCAUGAUUGAAUCCCUAAAUCAAGUUAUACAACAUUUGUAUGUAAUUUGAUAAUUCUUACAUUCAUAAUUAAAGCACCGGAGGCGAGAUGCAGCUACAUGUUUGUACAGAAUAAGGCUCCUGUGGUAGAAAACAUACUAGUAAUCAUUUCUGAAUGACAAAAUAAUGAAGGCAACUCGUUCACUGACAGUAGUUUUCUUUUUAUUGACAAUGAAAAUUUGUUUGCUCACCACUUAGUUUUGACCAAAGUACAAGAAGUAAUAAAUAAAAAAAA